GUGACGUCUGCUGCAUCCCUUUCAGAUAUUGAUGAAUGCACCAAAUACACAACCCUCUGCUCUCAGAACUGCACCAACACAGAUGGAGGCUACAUUUGUGCAUGUCUCCCUGGCUACCAGCUUGCUGAGGAUGGGGUCACCUGUGAGGGUAUGAGCCCAUUAUAUAUUUUUUUAUUGUUUAGUCAGUUUAGGGAGAAAACAGAUUGUGCACUUUUUAACUGGAUGAUUACAACUGCACUAUAUUCUAUAAGUUAUUCAGGAAGGAGACGCACUGAUAUGAGCCAAAUUUCUGUCCCUUUUUUUUUUCAAAAUUAAACUCCUUGCCGAGAUCAAAUUUAGUGUUAAAAGUAUCCAACAGUAGUAUAGAGUUGCAAGGAGAAAAGCACCAGUAAGAUUACCCAUAAGAGGCCUCUUUAAUCAAAAGUGUUGUCCUUACAUAAAAUUUAAAAAAUAAUUAUUAAGAUUAUGUAAAUAAAUAUUUCUUUUAAACAUACAGUAGCAGGGAGCCAUUUCUAUUAUAUUGAACACCUACUUUGUGUAGUGUGAAUCAUGAAACUAUAUAUUGCAAAUUUGAGAAGUAUUUUUUAUGUAUCAAAACUAACUAAAAUUUUUCACCUUUUCCUUUACAAAUUUGAAGAAAACAUGAAGCAGUUUUGUAAAUUUCCUUCCCAGACCUCAAUGAGUGUUUGCAGGAUGAGUCUCCGUGUGAACAGAUUUGUACAAACACAAUUGGCUCAUUCAUCUGCAGCUGUGAUGGGAUUGGGUUUAAGUUGUCACGUGACCAGACCACAUGUAUAGGUCAGUGCAGAACUGGAACAUUUUUUUUAGUUCCAGACAAAAUCAAAUUCUAGUUAUUUUAAUAAUUUUUUUUUUUAUUCUUGUGGCCUACCUUCCAUUUUUGACUGAUCGGACAUUAUAUUAAAUUCUUCUUUUGGCAGUGAAUUUUUUAAACAAGAAAUGAAUAGGCCUAGGUGAUGAGUGCAAUAACCACUUUAAACAAGUUAUAUAAGUCAUUUUUACAAUUUAAAUCCUAAUUGUUAUUGAUAACUGAAAGAAACCAAAGCCCAGCCAGCAUGAUGGAGAAAACUCCAGAGAAUUAAAUGCUAUUAAUAUACAUACACUUUAAGUAUGAACAAGUUUUCCAGUCCCAAGAGGGACUUUGUCCAUCUUAAUUAUAUUUUUUAAAAGAGUUUUUUCUCCAAAAACAUUCUCUUGAAAAACAGUUUAUAAUCUAAAUUUUUAUGGAUACAUCCAAUUUUUCCCUUAUAAUUGACAUAUUUUGCUUUUUUCUUUUACUAACAAAGCUGAUUUCAUUUGGAGAACUAAAGUAGUGAGAGUUUAGCUAGUGACAAAAUAAGUAUAUACGUAAGUUAACGUAGCCAUGUAAAAUGUAAAACAAAAAAAUAUAUAUAUUUUUUUUAUUAGAUAUCAAUGAAUGUAUGGAAGGAGACAACCCAUGUCCAAAUAUUUGUAUCAACACCAUUGGUUCCUUUCUCUGUGACUGUGAUCGGCCUGGCUACAUCUUGGCUAGUGAUGCAUCUGGCUGUGAAGGUAAUGAUCCAAUAUGGGAAAAAAUAUGUUUGAUGAAUUGAAGCUCACACAAAAAUCCGUCAUUAUGGUGGCAAUAAUUGCAUAAUACUUGUUAUUAAAUUUGAUAAAAGUCCGUUCCUUAAAUCCUGUAAUUAACAUUAUUCCAGAUUUAAGUUUUUGUUUGUUUAAGAGAAGUGAGAGAAGUGAACAGAGAAAUUUCAGAGAAAAUAUUUUUUUAAAAUAUCCUUCUUCUUCUUCUAUAUAUUAAAGGCCCUCGAUCAAUUUAUUUGUAUUGGUCUCUAUCUCUUUCUCCUAUCAUUAUUGAGAAUUUACAAAUAGGCCUAUAUAGCAAUUGCUACUUGUUGUUAGCUGCCAUAACAAUAAAUUAACCACUUAUAUUAAAGUAAAGCGUUGGAUGACUUGCAACAAACUGAAGCUAAAUGAUGAUAAAACGGAAAUCCUUCUCAUCCACUCUCAAAACAAACCUCUCCCUCCAUCUGCUCCUUCUUCUAUAUCUAUCGGCAACUCUGACAUCACACUCUCUUCCUCUGCCAGAAACCUUGGAGUCACGCUUACAGACACACUCUCCAUGGACAAACAUGUCACGAAUAUAUGCAGAUCAGCAUACAACGAAAUUAGAAAAAUCAGCACCAUUAGACACCUCCUCUCCUUUGAUGCCACAAAAACUCUCGUCUCUUCACUCAUUCUUUCAAAAUUUGACUACUGUAACACUCUUCUCGCAGACAUUCCUCAACACCACAUAGACAAACUUCAGAAGGCACAGAACUCAGCACGCAGACUCAUUUUUAAAUCAAGGAAACAUGACCACAUUCAACCACACAUGCGGCAACUCCACUGGCUUCCAAUAUCCUCUCGCAUCAAGUACAAGUCUGCCAAUCUAUGCUUCAACUCGUUCACUGACCCUAACUUUCCUGUCUAUCUCUCCGAACUGUUGCUUCCUUACAUCCCCACAAGACAACUACGUUCUUCCAUUGACAGUAGAACCCUCUCAAUCCCAAGAACUAAAACUAAGACCAUCGGUGAACGCUCCUUCUACUUCCAUGCGCCCACGUUCUGGAACCAGCUCCCCUUCCACAUCCGUCAUUGUGAAACCUCGUCCACUUUCAAAAAGUCCCUUAAAACCCAUCUGUUUAGGUCCGCCUAUGACCUGUGAUGCACCCUCCUUGCCCUGCCUCAUUUUCUGUCUCGGGUUGAUCCUGUAGUAUAGGCUAAAACGUGCCAAAGUGUACUCGUUUUUAUAGCCAUUUUAAUGUUAAAGCUACUGUUUCUAUAGUCAUUUCUCACAUUGUAGUUACUAUUCUAGUGUCUCUAGUUUUUCCUUUUUAUUUUACUUUAGCAGUUUAAAUAGCUUACAUGUUUUUAAUAAUUGUAAAGCGCUUAGAGCUGUAAGGUAAGCGCUAUAUAAAAAUACCUAAGUAAAUAAAUAAAAUAUUACCAGAUAUCAACGAAUGCAGCUCCAGCCCUUGUCCUCAUGCAUGUAUCAAUACACCUGGAAGCUACAAGUGUGUUUGCCCAGCUGGAUUUUCUGACCCACCAGAAAAUAAUCAAACAGUGUGCAAUGGUAGGAAUAUUAUAUAAUUUAUUUUUGUUCCGUAGCCUUUAGCUCCAAAUAAAAUUUCUGCACACUCAAAUGACUGCAGUGAUGUAGGCCUACUCUCAAUCGUCACAAUUUUAAAUUGUCACGAGGCAAGCAGUAAUAAAUUUUACUAGUUAUACUAACUCAAUCAUCAAUGCUUGUAUGUCCCUCUUUGAAUUUUUAAGAAGGAGGCCAUUUCCUACAGUUUGGUAUUGGUUAUCUCUCUCUUUUCCAUUUCAUUUAUUCAUGGCAAUAGAAAUUAUUUUUUUUUUAUUCCUGAAAUUAUCACUAUGCUUUCAAUAGUCAAUGAUCUCAUUAAUUUUUUUUUUUUUAAAUAAAAAAAAACAAACAAAUCUCUCCAAAUGAAGAAUGUCCCCAUGGCACAUAUCGUAGCAAAGAAGACACAAGCUGCAGACGCUGUCCUCCUAGGACAAAUACAACAUCUACUGGCAGCCGAUCAAUCAAAGCUUGCCUUUGUGUCAGCGGAUACCAGUCUGACCCACUUGGAUCUGGAUUAUGUCUUGGUAAGACCUUUUAUUAAACGACCAGAGUCAAAAAUGAAUUUAGACAAUAGGGGGCCUACUUUUUAUAGACAUCUUGUUGGCUUAUCUAUAAAAUAAAAUUUAUAAAUUUAGCUCUACGUCAUAACACAGAGUUACACAAAUACUGUGUGGCUAAAAAUGUUGUUAACUCAAGCCUACGACAAAAAUUACACACUAGCUAUGAAUAAUCAGCAGUCUCCACUAUAGAUCAUAAUAGAUCAUCUCUCACAUAAGUCUAUUUUUUUUUUGCGCUCCAGGUCUAUAAGUUAAACUGCUUGUUAUUUUGUCUUCAGACAUCAAUGAAUGUAGCAUUGGGGCCCUACAGUGUGAACAUUCGUGUGUUAACACAGAGGGCAGUGCCCACUGCACUUGUAAACCAGGAUUUUUACUUGACCCCAAUGGUGUGACUUGUAAAGGUAAAUGAUUUCUCUACAACUUUUGCUAGGUAAAGCUCUGAUCAUUUACAUUUACUUUUGUGAAAUGUGAAACUUUUUUUUCGUUUACCUUAUGUGCAAAUUAGUCUAACAUACAGUUUAGAAAUUAAAGAUUAAAUAACGAGGACAAUUUUUAUCCUACAUUAUUUAUUUUAAAGAAUGCAUUAUUUAAUAUUUUCUAUCAUAAUUUUUUUGUUACAAAUGUGAACAGAACUAAUAUGUGAAACAUAGCCGACUAUUUUGACUAAGACUUACACUUGUAAAUGUUUCUAACUUUUCAAAAUUGAAACCUCUUUACACCAGUGUCAAGCAUUUUCUAGCUUGUAGAACUAGAGGUUUCAGAAAAUUAGGGGGGGGGAGGGGUGUAAGGAAAGGGGCUAAAAGUUUAGUAAGCAUCUCUGGUAUUUGAGAUAAGUUAUGAAGAUGAGAAUAUAUAAAUGUUAUUUUGGAUAUAAAUCGGCAGAAUUACUUGCCUCACUAACUCCUUUAUUCUGUACCAGCCAUGGUUGAUAAACAUUUACUUCUCCAGAUACCAACGAAUGUGCUAAACACAAUGGUGGGUGUGAGCACAAAUGUGUUAACACACCAGGCUCAUUCUAUUGUGAGUGCAGGGGGAAAAACUAUAAAUUAGCUGAAAAUGGUCUCUCGUGUGAAGGUAAGAAAAUCACAGCAAUGCGAGUCACAGAAGGUAACACAUUUAUUUUCAGUUGAAUUAUUUUGUAUUUUGUCAUAAUGAUUGCAUGCUCUUACAGAGGUAAUAAACUCAUUAAAGCCCAGUUAGGAAAAAUCAUUUGGAAGUUUAAAAAAAGCUGUUACAUUUCUAUUGCUAUUGAAAGCAUACAUGCAGCCUAAACAAUAACUUUUCAUGUUAUGAGAAUCUCUUAAUUUUGAAUAUCUCUACUUUGUGUAUUCUUUGAGUUUUUAAAAAAAAUAUGUAUUUAUUUAUUGAUUAUUUUAGUUUUAUAAGAUAUUCUUAUUUUAGACUUAUGUAAAAUAGAUUUAAGUCUUUGUUUUUUUUUUAAAAAUUAGUUAUCAUUUUAGGUACUUAACAGUAAAAAUAUAUUUAAAAUAUCAAAGAGAAGAAAAACACUAGUAGAGAAUUAAUGUUUGUAGCAUUUAAUUGGUGAAUGCUUGAAAUGUCUAGAGCAAUUACACGUUUAUUAUCUAUCUUUUCCACAGAUGUCAAUGAAUGUAACUUGCCUAAUCAUGGCUGUGAAUACAGAUGUAUCAAUUCUCUGAAUGGCGCAAAGUGUACUUGUCCACCUGGUCAUGAAUUACUAGAGGAUGGUCAAAAAUGCAAAGGUUUUAAAUUUUUUUUAAUAUUAUUUUUUUCUUCAUGUAUUAUAUUAGAAAAUGUUUUCUUGCGUUACAUUCAUCCCUAAAUUUCAUAUUUUAGUUUUAUAAAUAUCUGGACUUCACUUAUAUGUCACAAUAGUGUUUGUAAUCAUCCCUAGGACUAGUUUAAGGAUACAGACAUGGCAGAGCUUUAAAAUUCAUUUUUUCUUUCUCCUGUGGUCCUUAAAAUUCUGUCAUGUAGAAAUUUAAGUUUAAAAACAAAAUAUCUAUUGCAAAUGUAUCAUAUGAAUUCAAACAAAGAGAAGAAGAACUAUAGUAGAGAAUUAAUGUUUGUAGCAUUUAAUUGGUGAAUUCUUGAAAUGUCUGGAGUAAUUAAUUACAAGUUUAUUAUCUAUUAUGCUUUUAAAAAAUGAUGAAAAAAAAAUGUUAAUAUUGAUUAAAAUGAAAAAAAAUAUUUAAUCCAAAAUAAGCCAACUAUUAACAGGCGAAGAUAAACACUGAUGGUUUAGUCACUUGACCCUUCUCAGUAGCUGUACAUGCUUAACCACUUUCUUUUUCCUUAAUAAAGUUUUCUUUCCCAAUGUUUGUAUCGAAUUUAGUAUACAUUCUUUCAUUUAACAAGAUAUUGAUGAGUGCCGUUCUCGAAACGGAGGAUGCACAGACACUUGUGUCAACACACCAGGCUCAUACAAAUGUGAGUGUAAGAUACCUGGCUUUAAGCUCUACACAGACAACAAGCAGUGUGUGGACAGAAACGAGUGUGAGGAGGACAAGCAGGCCUGUGAGGACACGUGUGUGAACACACCUGGGUCUUUCAAAUGUCACUGUAGACAAAAUGGCUUUUCACUGGCCAGUGACAAGAGAAACUGUGAGGGUUAGUGCAAAUAUCUUCUUUUUCAAAUUAUACUAUUUGGGAGAAUAUGGGGUAUUUCAUAGACUACUCCUACUUUCUGUUACUGUGCUUCUUUAGAUUUUACUCUACUUUCCUUGGUUUUUUUUUCUUAUUAAUUCAACCUGACAGCAAUCCUCCCCGUAAUUCUCUAAAUCAUAGAUAUUGAAGUUUUAACCUGGGUCUUUCAAAUGUCACUGUAGACAAAAUGGCUUUGCCCUGGCCAGUGACAAGAGAAACUGUGAGGGUUAGUGCAAAUAUCUUCUUUUUCAAAUUAUACUAUUUGGGAGAAUAUGGGGUAUUUCAUAGACUACUCCUACUUUCUGUUACUGUGCUUCUUUAGAUUUUACUCUACUUUCCUUGGUUUUUUUCCUUAUUAGUUCAACCUGACAGCAAUCCUCCCCGUAAUUCUCUAAAUCAUAGAUAUUGAAGUUUUAACUUACAGUACUUAUAAUAAUAUAUUUUCAUGGUCAUUAUUUUUAUUUAAAAAAUUAAUUUUUUAAUCAUUAAACUAAUAAAAAGGAGACAAGUGAAUGAUGGGGUGCUUAAAAGCGUUGUUUCCCGGUGGUUAGUAACAGUCUUUUAAAAUUCAAAAUCAUAUCCCAUUAUUAUAUACUUGCAAAUAUGACUCAAUGUUACCUGGACAAUAAUGAAAGGCAUUUUUCAAAAUUUUCUACCUGCUAUUGCGAAGUCUCAACACUUAACAAGCCAUUUAUUAUGUAUAUAUUAAUAUUUGAAAGAGGUUUUGAUAAUUUGUAUACUUGUAAAAACAACAAAAUAAUGACAAUAUUCCAAACAUUAAAAUGUAUAUUUAAUUAAAUAAUUAAAAUGUAUAUUUAAUUAAAUAGUUAAUCACAAGAAUAUCUUAUUUUAAAAAGUUUGAGAAGAUUAUAUAUAUUUAAUUUUUUUUUAAACACUAUACCUUAUUUUUUCAAAAUAUUUCCAGACAUUGAUGAAUGUGCCAAAGGUAAAAUUUGCCAGCAGGUUUGCAUCAACCUGCCUGGUUCAUUCCGCUGUGACUGCGAGGCAGGCUACUUUAAACAGGGUCACCACUGCACCGCCUGUGCACCAGGCACCUACAGAGGAAAGAAAGACUCUGUGAUCAGCUGUCAGCCUUGUCCGAGUGGUAUGACCACCACAGGGAAAGCAACCGACUCCAUCCUGGGAUGCUUCUGCCCUGCUGGUUACCAUGGUAACCCAGAAACCCAAGACAAAUGUGAGGACAUGAAUGAAUGUAUCAAGAACAAUGGCGGAUGUCAGCACAUUUGCAACAAUACAAAUGGCUCUUUCUUUUGCUCUUGUUCAGAGGGGUAUAUCUUACAGAGAGACAAAAGGAAAUGCGCGCCCACCAGAUGCCCCAUUCUGAAUCCACCCAAAUUUUCCAAAUUUAUCGGCAAAGGUUGUCUCAAGAUGGGCAAAGGUCUGCAUGCAGACCCAGGAACAGAAUGCAUGUACCAGUGCAGGAAGUAUAUGAUGCUUCAUGGCCCAGAGAAGCGGACAUGCUUGGAAAACUUUACCUGGUCUGGCAAAGAUCCUGAAUGUCUAGGU